UGUGUUCACAAAGUCGUGAUAAUCUAACCGCAGAGACGGAGGAGGAAUGGAGAUAGAACAUUCUCCGUCGUAUUUCUUUGGAGACAUCGGCAGCUGGGCAGAGAGGACAGAGGUGCACAAAGCUGCGUCCCUCGGCCAGACCUCUGCGCUGCAGCGCCUCAUCCAGAGCGGCGCCUCGGUUAACGUGGUGGCCGUGGACUCCAUCACGCCCCUGCACGAGGCCUGCCUCGGAGGACAGGCCCAGUGUGUGCGGCUGCUGCUGGAUGCUGGAGCUCAGGUGGACGCUCGGAACGUGGACGGCAGCACCCCCCUGUGUGAGGCCUGCUCAGCUGGGAGUUUAGAGUGUGUGAAGCUCCUGUUGGAGCACGGCGCCAAAACUAACCCUGCCCUCACCUCCCGCACUGCCUCCCCCCUGCACGAGGCCUGCAUGGGAGGUAACUCAGACUGCGUGAAGCUCCUUGUUGCCAUGGGCGCUUGCCUCGAGGCGUACGACCUUUACUACGGGACUCCACUGCACGUGGCGUGUGUCAACAAACACACAGACUGCGUUAAAGUGCUGCUCAACGCAGGUGCAAAAGUCAAUGCUGCUAGGCUACACGAGACUCCCCUCCACCACGCAGCUAAAAACAUGAGAGUUGAGAUUAUCGAGAUACUGGUAGAGUUUGGGGCCAACAUCUACGCUAGAGACCAGCACAACAAGAAACCCGUGGACUACACCACACCAGGCUCUCCGUCUGCAGCCUGCCUGCUGUUUUACGAAUCCACUCCUAUGAGUCUGCAGCAGCUCAGCAGGUUGGCCAUGAGGAGGAAGCUGGGCACCACAGCUCUAAAAGUCAUCAGUCAACUGGACGUCCCGAAGCUCAUCUUUAGCUACCUCUGCUAUCAGUGA